GCGCCCGAGAUGGCCGUCCAGAUCCCGGACGACUCGGACUUCUCGUCCUUCAAGGAUCAGUGCCUGAGCGGCCAAGGCUGGAACCAGCGCUACCACAAGGGCGGGGUCACCGUGUGGUGCCGCCCCGACGACGGCGACGGCGUCCAGAAGAUCAAGAUGAAGAUGGCGUGCAAGGGCGUGAGCGCCCAGACGGUGUACGACGUCCUCCACGACAGCGGCUACCGCAAGAAGUGGGACAGCAACAUGAUCGACGCGUAUGACAUCGGAAGGCUGACCGUCAACGCCGACGUGGGCUAUUAUUCCUGGAGGUGUCCCGUUCCGCUGAAGAAUCGAGACUUUGUGACUUUGAGGUCCUGGCUCCCUCUGGGCGACGAUUUCCUCAUCAUCAACUACUCUGUCAAACACGCGCAACAUCCUCCCAAGAAGGACUUUGUCCGUGCCGUCUCUCUGCUGACCGGAUACUUUAUCCAGUCCGCCGGCGCCGAAGGCUCGUCUCUCUACUACCUCAGCCAGCUGGACCCGCGAGGUUCUUUACCAAAGUGGGUGACCGACAGAGUCUCGCAGUUCGUGGCUCCCAAGGCCAUGAGGAAGAUCUACAAGGCAUCUCGAAAGUACCCCGAAUGGAAGCGCAAGCACUGUCCCGACUUGAAGCCGUGGAUGUUUCCGGAGCAGAACACUCUGCCGUGCAUCAGCGUGUCCGAGCUAUCGCCGCAACGCGCCGACUCGUUAGAAAACAUCGACGAGAGCGGCCUUGGCGAAGGGAAAGGCCAGCACGGCGGCGACGACGAUGAUGACGACGAGGAGACUUGA